GUAACACUGUUUCUGACAAGCUGUCAUGAAAAUGCAUAAAAACUGAAAUUAUUUACGGUUGAAAACAUGAUUUUGAGGCUUUAUUUUUAAACUAAUACAUUUGUGAUAAAACUAUUUUACUUAUAUAUAAAAUGGUUGUUAAUGAUAUUAACCAAUUGGCCGAAGACCUUGAGAAACAGGAGCUAGAGGCUCCAAAUGGCAUUGCCACCCCACAAGUUUAUGAACAAUUACUAGCUAUAUAUUUAUACCAAAAUGACCUAUGUAAUGCUAAAUAUUUAUGGAAGCGUAUACCACCUAGCGUUAAAACUUCAACCCCGCAAUUAGGAAAUAUAUGGGCUGUUGCUCAAAAUAUGUGGAAAAGAGACUUUCCUGCAAUUUACAAAGCUUUAAAUGCUGUUACUUGGUCGGAACCUAUUGCAGAAACUAUGAGACAAGUUCAAGAUGCAGUUAGAAGUAGAGCGGUAGAUCUAAUUUCCCAAGCAUAUUCUUCAAUUACAUUAGAAACUGUAUCAGCAAUGACAGGAUUGUCCCAAGAAAUAUGUGCUCCCGCUUGUAUUGAAAGAGGUUGGCUUGUGGAGGCCGACACGAAAAUGGUACACCCAGUGAGAUUAGGCAGAGAACCCGCAGGUCAAACAAGCAGUGAAGAUCAGUUGUAUAAAUUGACUGAUUUCGUAUCAUUUCUCGAAAAUUAAUUGUUUUUUGUAUGCUAGUUUUAAGAUUUUCAAAUAAAAUAUUUCUUUAA